GGAAGUUGAGAGGACCGACGCAGUUGGGGGAACUUUGUCUCGAUGGCACUUUCCUGUUUGUGACUCCGCCCCUCCAGAGGGGCUCGGCUCCGGGAUUCAAGAUGGAGUCGCUGAGUAGAGCUGGGCAGGAGAUGAGCUUGGCGGCCCUGAAGCAACACGACCCCUACAUCACCAGCAUUGCAGACCUCACGGGCCAGGUCGCCCUGUACACCUUCUGCCCCAAGGCCAACCAGUGGGAGAAGACUGAUAUAGAAGGGACCUUAUUUGUAUAUCGAAGGUCAGCUUCACCUUACCAUGGUUUUACCAUUGUGAAUAGACUGAAUAUGCACAAUCUAGUUGAACCAGUGAAUAAAGAUUUGGAAUUUCAGCUCCAUGAACCAUUUCUUCUGUAUAGAAAUGCAAGCUUAUCAAUAUACAGUAUCUGGUUUUAUGACAAGAAUGACUGUCACCGCAUAGCAAAACUCAUGGCUGAUGUGGUAGAAGAAGAGACACGGCGAUCCCAGCAAGCUGCUUGUGAUAAACAGAGUCCCAGCCAGGCCAAUGGCUGCAGUGACCACAGGCCCAUCGACAUCCUGGAGAUGCUGAGCAGAGCCAAGGAUGAGUAUGAGAGGAAUCAGAUGGGUGACUCAAAUAUCUCCAGCCCUGGAUUACAGCCAAGCACUCAACUCUCCAAUCUAGGAAGCACCGAGACUCUAGAAGAGACACCCUCUGGAUCACAAGAUAAGUCUGCUCCAUCUGGACAUAAACAUCUAACCGUGGAAGAGUUAUUUGGAACCUCUUUGCCAAAGGAACAGCCAGCAGUUGUGGGUCUGGAUUCAGAAGAAGUGGAGAGGCUGCCAGGAGAUGUCUCCCAGAAAGAACCCAGCUCAUUCCUGCCAUUUCCCUUUGAGCAGUCUGGAGGAGCCCCUCAGUCGGAAACUCUGGGUGUCCAUUCUGCUGCUCACCAUUCAGUCCAAUCUGAAGUCACCACCCCGGUGCUAAUCACUCCAGCCUCCAUCACACAGUCCAGUGAAAAGCAUGCCCUUAGCUACACAGUCCCUUUGAGCCCUGUUCUCAGUCCCACGCUGCCAGCUGAAACUCCUACUGCACAGGCUCCCCCCAGCUUACCUCGAAACACCACCAUGAUGCAGGCAGUGAAGACCACACCUAGACAGAGGUCUCCACUCCUGAGCCAGCCCGUCCCUGAGCUAAGCCACGCCAGUCUGAUUGCCACCCAGAGCACCUUCAGGGCCCCACUGAACAUGACGAACAUGGCUGGCACAACCCUCCCAAGCGUUGAUCUCCUCCAGAAACUCAGGUUGACUACACAGCACGACCAAAUACAGACACAGCCGCUUGGGAAAAGUGCAGUAGUACCUGGCUUUUCUCCAGCAGCUGGCCAGCUGGCCACCCCCGAGAGCUUCAUAGAGCCUCCCUCUAAGACAGCAGCAGCAAGAGCAGCGGCCUCAGCCUCCCUGAGCAACAUGGUGCUUGCUCCCCUUCAGUCUAUGCAGCAAAACCAGGAUCCUGAAGUAUUUGUCCAGCCUAAGGUGUUGUCCAGUGCCAUGCCAGUUGCAGGCCCCCCACUGGUUACUGCAACAACCACUGCAGUGUCUUCAGUUCUGCUAUCCCCAAGUGUUUUCCAGCAGACGGGUACAAGGUCCUCAGACCUUGAGAGGAAAGCAAGCUCCCCUUCUCCUCUAACUAUUGGAACACCAGAAAAUCAAAGAAAGCCUUCCAUUAUUCUCAGCAAGUCUCAGCUCCAGGACACAUUAAUACAUCUAAUAAAGAAUGAUCCCAGCUUCAUCAGUACACUUCAUGAAGUCUACUUGCAGGUUCUGACCAAGAACAAAGACAACCACAACUUAUGACUGGAGUGAAAUAAAUCUGAAGGCAAAGUGUCAACCUCAGAAACAAAUAGGCUUCAUUAUGGAAACUUCUAAACAGAACAUUGAGUUUUGAGAAUCCUGAAAUUGAGCCUAUAAGAAAGAGACUCAUUUCUUAAGAAUGUUUUCCAAGUGACAUUCUCAGUGAUAAUGGAGGUUUCACUGUGAAGCAUCACCAGCAGACCUUUGUUUUAACAACAACAAAAAA